AUGACAACAGGAUUUGGCACAAUCAGCUUUAUUGAAGAAUUUCACAACGCAGGGGGCGGGGCGGGGCGGGCGGCGGCCGCGCGCCCCAGCACUUCCGGGUCGGGGGCGGGGCGGCGCGAGGGGGCGGGCGCUGACGUCGCCGGAGAGUCCGGGGGCCGCUCGGCGCCUGUUUAUUGUUCUCGCCGCCGCCGCGCUCUGCCGUGCCCGACACCGCCGGGCCGCGGCGGGAGGGAGGGACGGAGGGAGGGCGGGCAGCGGCCACCCGAGCGAGCGCAGCCUCUCCGCCGGCGGAGGCGGAGGCAGGAGGGAGCGAGCGGGCGGAGGCGCCGCCCGGGGGCCGUUAACCCGCUUCCGCCUCUCCGCAGCGCGAGCCCGGGUGGCGAGCGCGCGCGUCACGCCGGAGUGAGCGCGGGACAGCCCGGGAGCGGCACCGGGAGCGGCCAUGGCCUACGCGUACCUCUUCAAGUACAUCAUCAUCGGCGACACAGGUGUUGGGAAAUCAUGUUUAUUGUUACAGUUUACAGACAAGCGGUUUCAACCAGUCCAUGAUCUCACUAUUGGUGUAGAAUUUGGUGCUCGAAUGAUCACUAUUGAUGGAAAACAGAUAAAGCUUCAGAUAUGGGAUACGGUAAGUAAUAAAUUGUAAA